ACCGCAGGCUGCCCAAUCGCACCGCACGCGUCGCGAGGCAGCCCAAGACAUCAUGGCCUCGUUCGCCGGCGACGACUACGCGCUCGAGCGCCGGAAACUGCGGGAGCUCCAGGCCUCGGUGAGCCGGAGCACAAACCGGCCCCCAUCAGAGCCACGCAAAAAGGCGCCGACGCCGACCAGCGAUGGAACCGCCGCCGCCGCGGUGGCGGCGAAGCGGUUGCGAGCGGCUCUCAAGGUCGCGGGCAUGCGCCGGGCGGCGGAGCUCGAGGUGAUUGGUCUCCUCGACGCGCUCGAGUCCGCGCACGCGCGCUGCGCUGAUGCGGCGGCGUCGAAUGCGGCGGCGGAGCGUGCUGUUCUUGAAGAAUCCCUGACGGCGGCGCGGGCGGACGCGGAGGCUGCCCGAGCUGAUGCGGCGGAAGCCGUUUCUCGCGCGCUGGAGGCCGAGCGCUCGCGGAGCGCCGGGGCCGUCGCCUGCGUAGACGCGCGCGGAGCGGAGUGCGUCGCUAGUGCUGCGCGCGCGGCUGACUCAAUCCGCGAGGAGCUCAAAACCACGCGCCGAGCGAUGCGGCGCGAGUCCGACGCGCGGCGCGACGCCGAGGCGGCGCGGAACUGCGCCGAGGCGAAUCUCGAGAAGGCGUGCCAAGAAUGCGCGGCCGCGGAGGCGCGGCAAAAGGAGGCCGAGCGGAGCGCGCAGGCCGCACGCGACGCGGCGGGCGACGCGGCCGCGGCCGGCGAGGCGGCGCGGCGCGCGGAGCGGGAACGGGACGCGGCGAUAGCCUCGCGGAACGCUGCCCGCGGCGAGUUGGCCGCGGCGCAGCGCGUCCGCAAGGCCGACCGCGCCGCGCACGAGGCCGAGAAAAACAGCUGGAAGGCGCGGACGGAGGCCGAGAUGGACGCCCUCGACGGUAAAAUACGGCGGCUCCUGCGGACGCGGGACGCCGAGAUCGCGUCCUUGCGGGAGGCGCUCUCGGCGGCGCGCGGUGAACGGGACCGCGCGCGGGGGUACCUGGAGGAGCUCGGGAACGAGCUGCCUGUUUCCGAGCGAGUGGUGGCGGGGGCGGCGGGGGAAAGUUACUAA